GGCUGGCUGUCUGGCUGGCUGCGGAGGAGUCCUGCUCGCCAUGCCUCGCUACUGCGCGGCCGCCUGUUGCAGGAACCGAGCAGGGCAGAGCGCUCGCGACCAGCGCAGGCUCAGCUUCUACCCAUUUCCUCUUCACGAUAAGGAAAGGUUAGAGAAAUGGUUACGGAAUAUGAAGCGUGACUCUUGGACUCCCAGCAAGCACCAAGUCCUCUGCAGCGAUCAUUUUACACCAGAUUCUCUUGACGUGCGAUGGGGGAUUCGAUAUUUGAAAACAACUGCCGUCCCAACUAUUUUUUCAUCAUCUGACAAUCAAGAAAAAGGACUUUCCAAGAAAAAAAUGGAAGCAAUGCAAGGUGCCUAUACAAAUAUGGUGAAUAUAUAUUCUAAACCUUGCUCACCAAAGAGAAAUAACAUAAUUGAAGAAAGCCUAUCUAGAAAAGCACCUUGUGUAACCUCAAACAUGUCUUCAGGAAAGGAAAGGCUACUUCAGAAUACAAUCAAAAUGGAAAGGGACAUUACAAAUCCAUGUAAUUCUGUUAGACAGGAUAUAGUGCAAGGAAGUUCUAUCCUAAUUGCAACUGAUUUGCAUGAUGCAGAGACCAUUGAUUUCUGCUCACCAGAAACCAGUAAUUCUGUAGAGAACCUCGCCAGUGGUAGAACCACAGUUUUGCAAUCUUCAGUUCAUGAUCUUCGCUCCUGUCUGGAACCUGCCUUGGAUCCUAAAGCCACCAUUUUGCAAGCUGCACAUCUUGAACACUUGGAGUCCUUUCUGGAAUGUAAUAGCAUCACUAUACCAAUGAAUGAGCUUUCAUCCAAUCAACUGGACUCUCUUCUUUCAGGCUGUGCAGUGGAGGUGCAAGAAAUGAACGGGAACUCGGUGUUGUUUCACACUGUGUCAAAAACUUUAGAACAAUUCAACGGAGGUAAAGAGUCUGUCAUUGCCAUUAUAGUUCCUUCCGAGGGUUCAAGUGCUCCCUUGCUGUUAGAGGGUUCCUUCUUACCAGCAGAACAAGAAUUUGUUAAUGGAGAGGCUACACAGUCCGCAUGCAUUACCGAUUGCAGCAGCACUGACGUGUUACAAACUGAGCAUUCAUACUGUAGGCAAGACACAGACCAGGAACAACUCUGGCAAAAAAUUGCAAAGCUGCACUCCAAAAUAGAACUUCUGGAAGUACAGGAGAGGAAAACACUGAGCAGACUCAGAUCUCUAGAAGCACUGAUUGCAAGCCUCAAACAGGAGAAUCUCCUUUCUGAAGAGAAGCUCAAAAUUGUAGAAAACUGUUUCACAACUUUUGAAGUUACCAUGAUACAAUAAAAAAUUUAAAGUA